CAGACAUUUGGCCAUCAUUUAAACUAUAUUAGUAAAUUAAUGAUAAUACAUAAUUGUGAAGCUGCUCUUCACGAGGGUAACAUGACAAAGCAGGUGAGCGGUUCGCCUUUCCUGAAGCCCUUCUUCCUGAAGACACCCGUCAGAGUGGUCACCCCUCGGCAGCAGAGACGACACACGCUCCCCGCCAGCGAGUUCAGAAAUCUCACCCCACAGGAUGCAAUCAGCGUGUUCGAAAUAGAAAGAGAAGCAUUUGUGUCAGUCUCUGGCGAGUGCCCACUCACGCUGGAUGAGGUGCUUAAUUUUCUGGGUCAGUGCCCCGAGCUGUCUCUGGGUUGGUUUGAGGAGGGGCAGUUGGUAGCCUUCAUCAUUGGCUCCGGCUGGCACAAGGAAAGGCUUUCACAGGAGGCCAUGACCCAACACGUUCCAGACACGCCUACCGUGCACAUCCACGUGCUGUCGGUGCACCGCCACUGUCGACAGCAAGGCAAGGGAUCCAUCCUGCUGUGGCGCUACCUGCAGUACUUGCGGUGCAUGCCGGGCCUCCGCAGAGCGUUGCUCAUCUGCGAGGACUUCCUGGUGCCCUUCUACCUAAAGGCCGGCUUCAAGGAGAAAGGGCCCUCGGAAAUCUCUGUGUCCAGCAUGCAGUUCCAGGAGAUGGAGUACAUGCUGAACGGGCAGGCGUACGCACGACGGAACAGCGGCUGCUAGUCGGCUGCGUUCACUGGACUCAAUGUAACAAAUGCACUAUUGGACUGGACUCCACACCUAACCCAACGAGAAAGGAGUGAGGUUGGCGUGGACAGAGUGGACUGACAGUGGAUUCAGAUACCAAAUUGUUGCUUUUGAUUGACAAACACAACAUCAUAUUCGUCAUCAGUAGCAUAUCAGCUUUUAUCU